UAAAAGCUCCCUGUGUACCUGUUCGAUUCACAUAAAUCUUCUCCGGCGAAGCUAUAUCUCCAGCGACGUAUACACCGACGGAGCUUGACAAUGUCUCUAAUUCUAGCUACCUACUACCAGAUUCAGUGAGGUCAUACUGAAGCUGAGUUUGAGAAGCUUUCUUUCACUCAUGUUAUGUCUGAUUUGAAGACAACUAGUUCUAGCAAAGCCAAGGAGACAACUACUGAAUCUAUCAAAAAACUCAUUGCUCAAGAGAUGUCAAAAGAGCUUGUUGAAGAUAGACAGACACAGAGUUCUAAUAAUGUGGUUGCUAAAUUAAUGGGUCUAGAGACUGCUACACCAAGGAGCAGAUCCAGAAGCUCUUCGUUGACUUGUGUGGGUAGUAACGAAACGGGGAAGUUUCAUAAGCAUCAUAGAGAAGAUGAAAUCUGGGAUCAAAAAGCCAACCUUUCAAGAAAAGGAAAGUGUGAUGCAAGUAUGAGUGAUAAACAGAUGGAUCUUGUUCGUCGGAAGUUCAUGGAAGCGAAACACUUGGUAACAACAGAUGACAAGACUCUUCACAGGUCCAAGGAGUUCCAAGAAGCACUCCAAGUUUUGAGCUCCAACAAAGAUUUGUUUGUUAAGUUUCUCCAGGAAUCAAACUCUUUGUUUUCUCAGCAGACUUCUGAGUUUCAGCCUGUUUCUCCUCAUCCAGAGGCUAAGCGCAUUACGGUAUUGAGACCUUCAAAGGCUGUUGGUGCUCAGAGAUGUGUGGUUGAUGAUAGUAAGAUAUCGGCUUCUUUGGAUCAGGAAACUGGAUGGAUCAAUGAUGCGCAGCCAACUCGAAUAGUUGUCUUGAAGCCUAGUCCUGGGAAGGCUCUAGAUAUAAAGGCUAUUGCUUCACCAUCUCCUUAUUUUGACGAGGCUGGAGAUGCUGAGACUAGAGAAGUGGCAAAGGAAAUUACACGUCAAAUACGCCAAACUUUUGGGGGUCACUGCAGGAACGAGACUCUUUCUUCUUCUUCUUCUGUCUUGUCCAAUGGCUAUAUCGGUGAUGAUUGUUCGUUACACAGGUCAAAUAACGAAUAUCCAGUGGGAAACAUUAGCAUCUCUGAGAUCAUGUCACCAUCCUCUAGGCACUCAUGGGACUGUGCAAACAGGUUUGAGAGUCCUUUCUCUUCCUCUUCACUCAGCCGAGUCUCGUUUUCUCCAGACUCAUCUGUCUACAGAGAAGCAAAGAAACGGCUCUCUGAGAGGUGGGCAAUGAUGUCACUAAACGGAGAAACACAGGGACAACAAAAGGCCUCAACGGCUUUGGGGGAAAUGCUUGCACUUUCAGAGACGAAAACGCCUACCGGAUCCAAUGAAGAGAGCAACAAAGUGAAACAAGAAACAAGGCAAUCAAUUUCACGCAUUGGUAACGGUUUAGAUGAAGUUGAAAGCACAAGUGGUUCCCUGAAUACCCUUGAAAGGUCAAAGUCAGUCCCUGAAAUUAGGCUCAAUGGUGAAACCUCAAAAGCACUAGCUCACCGAGAGCUUACUGAGUCAAGAAGCUUAAAGUCUUCAUGGAAAGUUUCAAGCUUCUUCUUCUUCCGGAAUAAGAAAUCAAACAAGGAGAAGACAGCUGCACCAUCUCAAUUGGCUAUACACCGUGAUGCAUUUCGACAACAAAGCAUAUUUACAAACGAGGGAGAAGUGGCAAAUGAAAACCAGGACCAGCCGAGUCCAGUUUCGGUUUUACAGCUCGAUUUCGGAGAGGAAUGUUCUGGAUCAGCAAAGCCAUGGACCACUGAAGGAGAAGAAAUGUCUCUGAAAUCUAAUCUAAUUGACAAAUCACCUCCAAUUGGAUCAAUUGCUCGGGUUCUCUCAUGGGAGGAUGAGUCAUACACAGACACAACUAACUCCACAAUGGGAAUUGAGGAAGAUGAAGACUGGUAUGGCUUCAUCAAAACGCUCUUAACCGCGUCUGGUUUCAGCGGUAGUGACUCGCUUAUGGCCCGGUGGCACUCACCAGAUGGCCCCUUAGACCCAUCACUAAGAGACAAAUGUGCCAACAAGGAGCUCAUCAAACGCAGGAAACAAAGAUCAAACUGCAAACUCGUUUUUGACUGUGUUAAUGACAUCAUAAAAGUGACAACAUCAACACUUGCACGCACCAGCUUGACCAAGGGAUUUGACAUGAUGGAGCAUGUUUGGACAGAGUUACAGGACUGGGCGGUGAGUGACGAGAUUGUCGGAAAAGUGUGGAGUUAUAGUCGAGAAAUGGAAAUGAACAACUUGGGGAUUGAAAUUGAAGUGAUAUUGCUGCAAGAGUUGGUUGAAGAGGCAGUCUUCGAUCUUACUCGAUGAAAGAACGUAUAUAUACAUUGAUAUAAGCUUUUGUAAUAAAACAUAUAUAGAUGAUAUAAUUUAAGUAUAAGUUUAACCUAUAGAUACAUUUUACAUUAAUCUGUUUCUGGUGCCCAAUUCAAAUUAAAUUUUGUCU